AGCGGAUGCUUUGGAGCCGCCCGAGGGCGCAGCUCUUCGCUGCCUGCCGUUCUAGGAGUCGAGCUCGAUUACAUCGCAGCUCUCGCGAGAUCCACGGCCAGCCGCGCGAGAUCGGCCUUUCCCGGCGAAGACUGCGGCCAAGAUGGCGGAAGUGGAACAGAAGAAGAAGCGGACCUUCCGGAAGUUCACCUACCGGGGCGUUGAUCUGGACCAACUCCUGGACAUGUCCUAUGAGCAGCUGAUGCAGCUCUACAGCGCCCGCCAGCGCAGGCGGCUGAAUCGUGGCCUGCGCCGCAAGCAGCACUCGCUCCUCAAGCGCCUGCGCAAGGCCAAGAAGGAGGCCCCGCCCAUGGAGAAGCCCGAAGUGGUGAAGACCCACCUGCGUGACAUGAUCAUCCUUCCAGAGAUGGUGGGCAGCAUGGUGGGCGUGUACAACGGGAAGACCUUCAACCAGGUGGAGAUCAAGCCUGAAAUGAUCGGCCAUUACUUGGGAGAGUUCUCCAUCACUUACAAGCCUGUGAAACACGGCCGGCCAGGAAUCGGGGCCACGCACUCAUCUCGUUUCAUUCCUCUGAAGUGAGCGAGGACUUGGGAAGAACUUUUCUACAUGUAAAUAAAAGCGUUUCCCAACCAUC